UUUUAGGAAACACACAAAUUUUAGACAAAUCCGAAGUAAGGUGGCUUCUUCUCUUAAUUGAUCCAGCACCACGCUAAAAAAACUUCCCUUCGAAUAUUGUGCGACUCCUUUUGCUUACAUGGCAGCUUCUUUAGCAACAGAGGCGGAGAAUUCACUGUCUCGAUAUCUGUGGGAGUACGAUGUCUUCCUCAGUUUCAGAGGAGCAGAUGUUCGGAAAAAACUGGUGAGCCAUCUAAACGAUGCUCUCAACGAAGAAGGAAUCAAAACUUUCCAUGACGACAGAGAUCUUCAGAGAGGCGAUGUCAUUUGGGAAGCACUCGAAGAAGCGAUAAACCAGUCGCGAUUCGCAAUCGUCGUGAUUUCAGAGGGAUACGCUGACUCUCAUUGGUGCUUGAGAGAGCUUUCGCUUAUGGUCGAUUUAGCUGAGAAGAAACGGCUCCAAUUGAUCCCUAUAUUCUACGAAAUCGACCCAUCAAACUUGAAGAGCCGAACUGGGUGUUUCAGCAAAGCUUUUGAGAAGCAUGAGCCGAGGUUUGGUAAGGAGACGGUGAAGCCAUGGAGAAGUGCUUUGGCUACCGUUGGUAACAUCUCUGGCUGGGAUUCCAAAUGCAGGAACGAGGACUCGAAGCUUGUACAGAAUGUUGUUCAAGAUCUUCGUGACAGGUUAUACUCAGAGCCAGAACCAUCAGACGAAAGAACUGAAUUGGAUGAGGUUCUGAGUUACCACAAGCGUUGCAUAGAAUCUCUCUUAUCAAUGGACUCUGAAGAUGUUCAAAUGGUAGGAGUCUGGGGCGUAGAUGGCAAAGACAUAACCACCAUCACUAAGCAUAUCUUCGAAGGCCUCUCAAGUCAGUUUCCUGCUCGUUGCUUCUUACAAGACGUGAGUGGUGAACUCCAAAGACAUGGUGUAUCACAUUUGCGGAAGCAGAUCAUGUCUGAGGUUUUCCCUAAAUCCCCUUUGAAUGCACUGUGCAUUAGCAAAGAUGCAGUGAAGCGAAGGUUACGUGGCAAGAAGGUUCUUCUCGUCCUGGAUGAUGUCGAUGACGUUGAACAACUCCAAGAGUUGGCUGGGAAGUGCGAGUGGUUUGGACCAGGAAGCAGGAUCAUUAUAACUACAGGAUACGAGCGUGUGUUGGAGGAGCAUUCUGUGGAACGCAUUCACGAAGUGACUUCCCAAGCAAUUGAGAUAAUUUCUGAUAUAUUUGACAUGGUUUCUGACAUAUUUGAGAUUUCGAAAGAGAUAUUUAAGGGAUUGGAAUAAAGAAAUAUUCUUGUUUCUUUUGGAUGGGUUUUUUAGUUUCAAUAGAUAUAUACGAUUGAUUUAUUUU